GUUCGAUCGCCUUCUUGUCCGUCAUUUCUUGAGAAUUGCGUCGUGUCGCGGUCCUAAAGCAUGGUUUCUCUGCGAUCUUCUACUAUGCUCGGUGCUGCUCUGUCCCUGUUGGCAUGUUUUUCCUCUCUGGCUACCGCUGGUCCUGUGAUCCGCUCUUCUGAUCUUGCCGUUAAAGACUACCAUCCUGCACCAAGAGCAUGGUCGAACCUUGGACCUGCUCCGAGCGAUCACUUGAUCCACCUGACUAUUGGUUUGUCACAGAGCCGCUUUCAUGAGCUCGAACGUCAUCUCAACGAAGUCUCCGACCCCUCUCACUCUCGUUACGGACAGCAUCUCUCCGCUGAGGAAGUGCACGAACUCGUCAAGCCCUCCGAUGACACCUCUGCUGCAGUCCACGACUGGUUGAAAGGUUGUGGCGUCGACCUUGGACAUUUGAAGUACAGUCCAGCCAAGGACUGGAUUUCGGUCACCCUCCCGGUCGAAUCGGUCGAAGAUCUGCUGAACACAGAAUAUUCUGUCUACGAACACUCCGACGGCUCCAUCUUGGUUCGUACUGAAGGCUAUUCACUGCCACGCCAUCUUCGUGAUCAUAUCAGCACCAUUCAGCCUACCAACUCCUGGGCGCGAUUGGCUCCAGGAAGAGAGAGCAGGAAAGAGCUCUUCACGCGCAGCACUGACAUCACAAAGCGCGCCUCUCACGCUCAUGUCGCGGCCGAGUGGGGUCCCCCUCCAGCACCGGUGCCUCUCCCCAGCAAUGCCACCGUUGAAUCAGUGUGCAACUUCACAGCUAUUACCCCAGACUGCUUGAGAACGCUGUACGGUACUCUUGACUAUGAGGUCAAGGCAGCUGGCGAGAAUAAGAUGGCCCAUACCAGUUACUUGGGCGAGGCCUCAAAUCGUUCCGAUAUCAGCAUCUUCUUGUCAACGUACCGUCCAGAAGCCCAAGCAUAUGCCUAUGAAUUCCCGGAAAUUUCCAUUGCCGGUGGUGCUGUCGACAACGGCACUAAUGUCGCCGAAACGGGGGCGGAUAGGGAGGCUAAUUUGGAUUCCGAAUACAUGAUCGGCAUUGGUUACCCAACUCCUCUUACGACAUACAACGUGGGCGGAGAACAACCCGGCUUCACUCCUGACAUCAACACACCGGAUAACACUAAUGAGCCCUACCUGACGUGGACAACGUAUAUGUCCGGCCUUUCUGACUCUGAGCUCCCCCAAGUGAUUUCCACUUCCUACGGAGACGACGAGCAGACCGUCAGCGAGUCUUAUGCCAAAGUGGUCUGCGACCAAUUCGCUCAAUUGGGUGCUCGUGGUGUGACAUUGUUCUUCUCCAGCGGUGACUUUGGCGUCGGAGCCGACGACACCUGUUACAGCAGCGCCGACAACACCACCUAUAUGUUCAUUCCUUCCUUCCCAGCAUCUUGCCCUUAUGUGACCGCGAUUGGUGCAACUCGAAACUACCCUGAAGUCGCCGCGUCCAGACUGUUGAGCUCAGGUCUGUACUUCGCCAGUGGUGCUGGGUUCAGCAAUUACUUUAGUCAACCUGGAUAUCAAGCCUCGGCCGUUGAUGGCUACGUUAGCAGCCUGGGAGGACUCUACGACGGCGUCUACAAUAAGUCAGGACGUGCCUACCCUGAUAUCUCGUGCAUUGGACAGGUGUUCCCCACCAUCUGGAACGGCACCACAACUGGCCUUGUCGGUACAUCUGGGUCCUCACCGAUCUGUGCGUCUGUCUUCUCUCUGUUGAACGACGCUUUGAUCUCCGAAGGCAAGCCUCCUGUUGGAUUUAUCAACCCUUGGCUGUAUAGUCAUGGCUACAAAUCGUUCACCGAUGUCACAAACGGUUCAUCUUCUGGAUGCAACACCACUGGCUUCCCUGCUGCGCCAGGAUGGGACGCCGUCACAGGCUUUGGAACUCCUUAUCUUCCGAAGCUGCUGGAAGCGUUUGGUGUGAAGAAGCAUUAAGUGUUGAACAGAGGGAGCUUGUACAUAGUUGCGAAGGGAGUACGUCAAGCCUGAGGAGUUGAAAAUUUGACGGUGUCACAACCAAAAGUAAUAAGAGACAUCUAUGCUGAUCUCCCU